AUGGGUCUGGCAUUAUACGACAGAUCAGAUCCGUUGGUGGGAAUGACUGAGGCGUUACGCGAGGAACGUCACGAGUCCCGAACCCGUCCCCCGCGUCCUCCGAGACACCCUCCCAAGGUGCGCUACAAGAAAUGCGACUGUGGCUAUGGCGGCUACGCCAAGAUCCCCAUCCGGGAGCAUAACGCCCUCAAGGAUGCGCACUGGCUGCACGCGCGACCUCUGCCCGGUAACCGCCACCACGGCCGCUCAUUUUGUUCAUCUCCAUUCAAUGCCGCCCAGAGGAGCGACAUCCCAAUCACCAUACCCCGACAACGACCCAGGAGCCGCAUCGCCUGGGCGUCAUUCGUCAACGAAGGAGUAGAUCUGCAACCUGCGGGAUCGUCAGACGGGCUCCCACCACCUGCUUCGCGUCGCCAAGCCCGCCGCCCGCCAUCCCUGGAGCGCCAAGACGCUUUUCGCGACCCUAGCACCAGUACUCCGCGUCGCCGGCUUUCGGCCGACGAUUGUUUCCAGCAGGAAAGCGACAUUAGCGAUGCGGACGCGGCUGCGGCAGCAGCAGCAGAGGAGAUCGCGGACCUUUACGACCUGGGUCUGCUUUACGACGAUGAGCACAUCCGCGGCUCCGGGUUCGGGUUCGACGUCCUAACGCGCAGCGCCCAGGAGAAGCCGCAGUACACCGUCUACUUUCGCCGCGCAGCCGGGCAGAAAUCCAAUAGCUUUGGUCGGAAAACUGUCGGUGGUUCACAGCAGCUGCAAAACGACAACUCCCUCGCUGGCGCACCUGCUGCUCAUCUCACCUCACCCGACCGAGACGAACUAGAGUGGUGCUUAGAUGGCUACGAUGUGAGGUCGAUCCCCGAUGACAGUGUUCGGCUGGAUCUUGUUCCGAACAGCGAUGAUGAACUUGGCGUCAGAAGCACCGACUGGGUUUUUUUGAACAACAUAGUAGAGGAAGAUUGA